CCACAGAACCUGCUCUAUCAUUGGCCUGUGAGCAGCAUUCCCAUAGCAGCCACUGCUCCUCCUGCUGCUCCUGUUCUCCCUGCUGCUCCUUCUCUCCCUGCUGCUGCUCCUGCAAACCCAAAUAACAACAUACUGCAGAUUCCAGACAGCAUGUUGCCAUACCUGCGUCCUGUCAGUGUAUUGAACGGUGUGUUGGUGUGCGACUUCAUUCCACCCUGUCCUGCAGUCAACACACCCACUCCAAAAAAGAGGAAGCGUCAGGACGAGCAGGAAGAGCAGCACAUCAAGAAGCCACCAAACGCAUUCAUGAUUUUUCUGAAGGAGCAGAGGGCAAAGGUUAAAGCAGAAAUGGACAUCAGUGGGAAUGCCACCCUUAAUGCAGUCAUGGGAGAGAGGUGGAAAUCGCUGUCGUGGGACCAGCAGGCAAAGUAUUAUGAGCAGGCUGAUCAAGAGAGGAGGCUCCAUGCCCAGAAAUACCCAAACUGGUCUGCCAAAUCUAACUACGGCAAAAAGAGGAGAGGAAGGCGCAGCUCCACCUGCAGCUCAGUGUCUGCAUCUGAACCGGGAGCCAUUCGACCCCUUUAAACCAUUGCCACUGCAGUGCUGUCACUUCUGUCUGAUCCCUUAGUCUGCUUGAUGUAUAAUUUUCUGCUGCUCCUGCUCUCCCUGCUGCUCCUGCCCAUUAUUUCCCCCCUCAGACCCCUGCAGACCUGUCCCCAUUUACCUCUAUCCACUUCUAUCCU